UUACUACUUAUCUCUUCGCGAACCCAUCCAAGUUAAAACUUUAAAGCGAAGGGACUCCAUGAGCUCCCAAUAUGUCUAGGGUAGCAAACGGAGCCAUCCCCGAUAGACCAAAUCGCCCACUCGUCGUACGGUGCAGCUACGAAGGAUCUUCUCGGCGCGUUAACUUCCCAUCGGCUGCUACAUGUCGGCUUGAGUCUUUACGGAAUAGAGUUGAAGAAUGCUUCUCGCUAUCAGCAGCACCAUACUCGCUGAUAUAUACCGAUGAUGAUGGGGAAGAAUUCUCCAUUCGAAACGAAAAUGACCUUACCGAAGCCAUCUCGUACUUCAUAUCUGGCGACGACGAUGCUGCGACGUCGAAUUAUUCCGGAUCAGUAUCUGGUGUACUUCCAUAUUCUUUAUCAACGUCGAAAAUUACACUCCGGCUGGAUGUUGUCGUCGAAUAUGACGGACCGAGUCUAAGUGAUACUUCGUCAAUUUCGAGUUUCCAGACAGGCUCGGGGUCUGAGCAUGAUUCGACAUACCGAUCGAGCGCAUAUGAGAGCAGUUAUAGGGGAAGCAUUUCAAGCAUGAUGCAAGAAGCCAUUGAAGAGGAGUAUACAGAUGAAGAGGACCCGGAGAGGAGUACGGCUACACAAUCAAUCGCCGGCCGCAUGAGUAGAAUGAGCCUAGAUGACGCCCGGUUGACGUCGAGCCAAUAUUCUGACUCGACUCCACGACGUAUUUCUCAGAGAAAUUACACUCCCUCGAAUCACAGCGCUAUACCAACACAGCCGCCUAUCGCGCAACAAUCUUUGACUGGACCAGACAGUGCUAUUGCCCCUUCUCUCCUUACGCACUCAGAGUUGGGAACAAGGUGGUUAAGAGAACAGUCAAACCUGGCUGCUCGGAAAAUUGGUCCCGGCACAAAAUCAAGGAAAUCGACAAGGUACGACAGCGAUGAUGAGAGUAUGGCGAGCGACGAUGAGCGGUCUGGGGAUUUUGCUUUGGUUCGAGAUGCUCGAGGCCGUUACUAUUACUCUUACCAAACUGAUAUUUCGUCCGCCACUGCAUCUGAUAUUGAUCUGACCGACAAUGAGAUCGCUUCACACCGCCACUCGGUCCGAUCCUCUGUGCUAUCGAACAGAUCCCCUCCAUCACCACCUCAUGCGCACUUGCAUGCUCCUUCCCCUCGUACCAUCGAACCAGCAGGUCCACCCAUCCUUGCUCCAGACUGCUCAGCAUGCGGUGUACGUUUGGAUUACCUCCGUUACGUAUGUCAGACUUGUGGAGAAGGCGAAAUGUGGAUGGAAAAUGCUCCAGGAAAAGCUGCAUUUAUGCCUCCCAAAGUGCCGAGCGAUUCAUCUCAGAGCGAUGCGUCAUCUGAGGCGACAGAAUUUGCUGCGCGCGGCACUUCGAGCAGUGAUUCAAGGACUGUGUAUAACACCGCAUCACGCAGUCGCAGUGGAUCAAUAUCAACGAACGCUUCGCGCGGAUCUGUCCAAGCUUUGGCUGGUAGCUCAUCUUCGCCUACAAAUGCCACCUAUCAUUUCGACUUUGGUUUCACCCCUCCACAUUCGCCAAUAUCGGCGUUUGGGGGCAACACACCUUCUCUAGCUCGAGGUGAUCAAUCGCAUCGAAAGACUGGAUAUGAACUCUGCGCUGGCUGCAUCGAAAUUCACGGGAUACGGCACACGAAGGCAGCCGCGAGGACGGCUAAGAAUGAGCUGAGGGGUACAGAGCGCAGAAGGAGAGAGAAGGCUGGAGAGAUGAGGCACACAUUCAAAGAGAGAAUAUGGGGACCGGAAGGCUGGGACGAUGUUGAAUAUAACGAAGACUCGGAAUGUACCAUUUGCCUGACAGCAUUAUUCUCGAAUCGUUUCAAGUGUGUUUCAUGUCCAAAAUUCGAUCUUUGUCGGUCUUGCUACCAGAAAGUCGACGAGAUCCACCCUGCACAUGCUUUCCUUUCAUUACCCGAUAAGCCCCUUCUUCCGAUAGAAACAUCACGAAAUGUCCUCAACGAGAAUGGACAGCCAAACCCGGAAGUGGCGGGACCGCAAUUGGUUCGCCACCCGGGUGCCUUUUGUCACAACUGUCUGCAAGAUAUCGUCGGGCCAAGGUUUCACUGCGCUGUGUGUCCUUCAUGGGAUCUUUGCAUUCAGUGCGAAGGUAUCCACAUGGCUGGUGGAGAUGGAUCAGGCCACCUGUCUGAUCAUAUCAUGAUGAAGAUUCCCGUCCCCCUCCCGACAUCAGAGGUAGAGGCUGUAUCUCGGCGUGCACGCGACCGAUGGUUCCAGCAAGAUCGUACAGUAGCCACAUCUGGGGGAGAUCCGUUAACCUCUUCUCUAUCACAGCCUUACCAUUCUCGCUCCUCGUCUCCCAUAGGGGAUAAUUCGACGCUAUACGCGCCAACAGCAAUAAGAGCUCGCGACACGUCUCCGUUACCACCUAGUCAGAUCGUCAAUGUCAGUCAAAGAGAUGCGUUGGACCAUGGGGUGAGAUGCGGAAACUGUAAUGAGUGGAUUAUGGGAAGGCGAUAUCAAUGUGCAAAUUGCCCGUCAGACCCUGUUGGAUUUAAUUUGUGCUCAAUCUGCGAGCUCCGGUCAUACAGAGUCCAUGAUCCUACUCAUUUCUUUUUCAAGUUUGAUCGACCAGUCCAUAUCCCAAUUCGGUCCUAUCGUCCUGUGCUGCCUCCCCUAUAUCGCCAUCCAGUGGGCAAAGUACCUGCUUCUGCCUUGGCCACCAUCAAUCCUCGAGAUCCAACCGCUUACCUCAAGCACGUCAUGCACAGAGACACGCUAUGCGAUGUCCAUGGGGACCAGAUCAGGGGCGUGUGGCUGAGAUGUGCCCAUUGUGCUGGGGGAUUUGACAUUUGUUUGGAAGCCGAGAGAAUAGCUGAUCAUGACGCAACACAUGUCUUCGUAGUCUUCAAAGCACGAGUAGAUAUGGCCGCUUUCCGCCAGUUGGCUGAUUUGGCAGCAACCCAUAGUAAACCGCUACUUAGACAAUCUGUCUAUGUCUCGUAAAUCAAUGUGUCAUCUCUGUUGUACCGUUAUCAGUUGUAGAUAUUUCUUGAUAUUUUCCUCAUGCAUAGUCAUUCUCGUAG